AUGCACAGAACUUAUUCUUUGAGAAAUUCAAGGGCACCAACGGCCUCGGAUUUGCAGAAUCCGCCACCACCACCUUCGUCCACCAAGAGCAGAUUUUUUGGUAAGGGUGGUAUUGCGUACAGCUUCAGAAGAAACGCAGCAGGAUCUUGGGGUCCAGAACUGUCGAGAAAACUGUCUCAGCUGGUUAAAAUUGAGAAGAAUGUGUUGCGCUCGAUGGAAAUUGCGUCCAACGAAAGACGUGACGCCGCAAAGCAAUUGUCCAUCUGGGGGUUGGAGAACGACGACGACGUUUCUGACAUCACCGACAAGUUAGGUGUCCUGAUUUACGAGGUCAGUGAACUGGAUGAUCAAUUUAUCGAUCGUUACGACCAAUACAGAUUGACGAUGAAGUCCAUUAGGGACAUCGAGGGCUCUGUGCAACCCUCGAGAGAUCGUAAGGACAAAAUCACCGACAAGAUCGCCUACUUGAAAUACAAAGAUCCACAGUCCCCCAAGAUCGAGGUGUUCGAGCAAGAACUGGUUCGUGCGGAAGCUGAGUCACUUGUCGCGGAGGCGCAAUUGUCUAACAUUACCAGAUCCAAACUGAGAGCUGCUUUCAAUUAUCAGUUUGAUUCUAUCAUUGAACACUCUGAAAAGAUUGCGUUGAUCGCGGGCUACGGUAAGGCUUUGCUGGAACUGUUGGAUGACUCUCCUGUCACUCCAGGUGAAACGAGACCUGCCUACGAUGGUUAUGAAGCUUCCAAGCAAAUCAUUAUCGAUGCAGAAAGUGCUUUGAAUGAAUGGACUUUGGACUCUGCCCAAGUCAAGCCAACUCUGAGUUUCAAACAAGAAGAAUAUGGUGACUACGACGAUGAAGUCGAAGAUGAAGAAGCUGAACAAGUCGAAGGUGGCCAGCCUGCCGAUGAGGAAGAGCAAAGAUGGGCCGAGAAUGCUGAUGUUACCGACGAUGUAGAACCAGCUGCAGCUACAGUACAACCAGUCGUCUGA